AUGCUAAUCACAAGGACUUCACUUCUUAUUAGAGAUAGACCGACUGCACUUCUUACUAGGCAUCUUCAUGGCAAUUACAAGAACCAUGGUUCGCUAGCGCUACUUUCCAAACACGUUAGUGAAAUUGAUCCAGAGAUGAAUGAGAUCCUUCAAGAAGAGAAAUUAAGGCAGAAACAUUCAAUAACUUUGAUACCAUCCGAAAAUUUUACAUCAAAAGCUGUCAUGGAUUUACUCGGGUCAGAGUUUCAGAACAAGUACUCAGAAGGUUAUCCCGGUGCACGUUAUUAUGGUGGUAACCAAAUUAUUGAUAAAGUGGAAUCGUUAUGUCAAAAAAGAGCUCUGGAAUUAUAUAGAUUAGACCCAGAAAAAUGGGGCGUUAAUGUACAACCACUAAGUGGGGCACCUGCAAAUUUAUAUGCUUAUUCUGCUGUUAUGAAUGUAGGCGACAGAUUAAUGGGAUUAGAUUUACCUCAUGGUGGACAUUUAUCGCAUGGAUAUAGUACAAAGAGCGGGAUGCCAGUAUCUUAUAUUUCCAAAUAUUUCCAAAGUAUGCCUUACAGAUUGGAUUUAAAAACGGGAUUAAUUAAUUACAACGAACUUGAAAUCACUUCCAAAUUGUUCAAACCUAAGGUAAUUGUGGCUGGUACAUCCGCUUAUUCACGGUUGAUAGACUAUGAAAGAUUCCAAAAAAUAUCACAAGAAUGUGGGGCCUAUUUACUAUCAGAUAUGGCUCAUAUAUCUGGUUUAGUAGCUGCAAAUGUCAUCCCCUCUCCUUUUGAUUACUCUGAUAUCGUCACUACGACUACACAUAAAUCAUUAAGAGGUCCACGCGGUGCUAUGAUCUUUUAUAGAAAAGGAUUAAGAAGUGUAACUGCGAAGGGAAAAGAAAUUAACUAUGACCUUGAGAAGAAGAUAAAUUCAAGUGUAUUUCCGGGACAUCAAGGCGGCCCUCAUAACCAUACUAUUUCAGCAUUAUCAGUGGCCUUGAAACAGGCAAUGUCACCGGCAUUCAAACAAUAUCAGAGACAAAUACUUCUCAAUUCUAAGGCCUUUUCAAAAGCAUUACUCAAACAUGGUUUGGACAUUGUCUCAGGAGGUACAGAUAAUCACUUAAUAUUGAUCGACCUGUCACCAACGGGUAUAGAUGGUUCCCGCUUAGAAGCAAUUUUACAAUAUCUGAAUAUUGCCGCGAAUAAGAACACAAUACCCACGGAUAAAUCUGCGAUGUUCCCAUCUGGCUUACGGGUAGGUACACCUGCUAUGACUACAAGAGGCUUCAAAGAAGUAGAUUUUGAAAAAGUUGCUGAUUAUAUUGGCAGAGCCAUAGAACUUGCUAAUAUAUUGAAGAAUAGAGAACCAGGAAAUGUCAAGAGUUCCAACGAGAAGAUUCAAAAUUUCAAGAGGAUCUGCGAAGAAUCCGAAGAAGUAAGUAGCUUAAGUGAUGAAGUUUAUUCUUGGGCCGGCAGCUUUGCUGUACCGGGAGAAAUGUAG